AUGAAAUUAUUCUUUUUAUUUUUCAUGUUUCUUAUAAAAUGUACCACCUCAAUUUAUGAUGACAAUUUUAUAUUUACAUUCAAAAACGCGAAAAAAAUAAAUACAAUCAAAAAUAACGUCACAAAAUACGAAGUAGAAUUAAACUUAAUCUUCAAUGUCAAAAAAAGUGGAAAGGAAUUUUUUUUAGUUUCUUUAAUACCUGCUCACAAUUUACAAAUAUUACAAUUUAAAAAAGAAGAGACCAAUGAAAUAAAUGAAAACGUGGAAAUUAAACUUAACACCACACAAAUGAAAGAUAAAGACUCAUGUGAUUAUGUCAUAACAGCUAAAAUGUACUUAUUAAAAUUAACUAAAGAUGAAUUAAAGAAAUUUAAAAUAUAUCAUUAUCCUUUUGAAAAUAAAGAGAAUACAAAAAAUGUUCCACCUGAAUAUGAAUACUCAGAAAAAUCUUUAAAAACUUUUUUUCCUUCUAUACCAACUAUAUAUCCUUCCACUUAUAUUUUAAAGAUCUCUGUGGAGAUAUCAAAGGAGGGGUUAAAUUCGGAGGGCAUAUGGAUAUUUUCUAUUGCUGAAAAAAAUGAUUCAAGUUCAGAGAAACAAAAAUGUACUAUAUAUUCUGAUCAGCUAGCUGAAAUAUUUCUACAAAAAUCAACUUCCAAUAAUUUCUUCUUGCUAUAUUGUAACAGUACCACAAAUGCAGAAAUAUUAAAUUUAAUUCCAGAUAUAAGAAAAAAUUUUGACGUUCAAUUAUUUACUACCAAAAAUUUUUAUGGAGCUCAUGAAUCUAUCUACAAAGUACAAAUAGACUUUGAUAAAAUAGACACAACAUUACAAGCUGAUAAAAUAAUGAUUAGUAUUAAACUACCAGUAGAUUUAUGCUAUUCCAAUUCUUGUUUUAAUAAAAAUGCUACAAAUCCAUGUUUAAAUAUCAAGUCCAAUCCUUUUGAUGAAUGUACAUAUAUUUUUAGAAGUUAUAAAUUUCUCUUGAAAUCAAAACGUAAUGAGGUUAUAACUAAAAAAUUUGAUGUACUUAUAGAAAAUAUCAAUAACCCUAUUAUUGAUAUCGAUAGGGAUAAAAUGUGGGUUAUUAAUGUUUAUACUAUCGAUGCCAUAAAUUUUGUAAUUAAUUCAGAACAUAAGGAAAUAUUAGAAAGGGUAUCAGAUGAUGUGUGCUCAAAAAAUUUUAUAAACAAAUUUAUAAAUAAAUAUUCUGAUACCAUUACAUGGAUUGCUUCACACAUGGCAAUUAAGUCCACACCCCCUUUGAUUUUCUUAAAAGUGGAACCGAUUAAUAAUUACGAAUUAAUAGAAAACCCACUCAUUGUACAAUUCAAAUUACUCUUUUUGGAAGGACAUAUUUUCAAGAACUGUCUCAUAGAAAUGAAAUCCAUACAUAGAUUUACAUCCGUUCUUACAAAAACAGAAAACCGAUAUAAUAUAUAUAAUCACAAAUUAUUGUUACCUAAUUCUAGCUUCAAACCAAUUAUUGAUGAAGAACAUAAAAUAGAUAUUGAAAAAGGUGUAAUUAAAAAUAAUGACAUUAUAGAGUUUGCAAUAGAUAUAAAAAAAUAUCGAAAUAAUGAAUACUGGUAUGUUAUUAUAAAAUGCCUAAAUAAUCAAAAUGUAUAUGUAAAAGAAGCACAGUCAUUAUUUAUUUAUCCUAUAGAAAAUAAAAAAAUAUAUAUAAGUGAUUUAUAUUACAGAAACAAAAUUGAUCAAAACAAAUAUAUGUUUUAUUUAAAUAUAUUUGUAUAUGAUGAAAAAGAAUUAGAUAUAAAAUUAUCUUUGUCAUCAAUUCAAGAAAAUAAUAAUGUACAAUUAAGUGAAUCAUGUAAUGCUUUUGUUUAUACUUCUUGUUAUAAUCUUGUUUAUCAUGAAUGCUCAAAAAUAAAAGAACAAAAAAUUAUCUAUCAAAUUAACUCCUACAAAUCAACAGAUAAACAUUUUACUGUUUUCUUUCCUUUAAUAAUUCAAAAGACUAAUGAAAAUUUCAACCUACAAAUUGAAUUAGACACCAAAAAUAAUCCAAGACAUGUUAUAAAAAAAAUGAACAUUAAUAUAGAAAAUAUAUUAUUGAAAAAUUCUAAUAAACCAUGUAUAAACCAAUUAAUAUGGAAAUUAAAAAAAUAUAAAAAAAAAUAUGAAUCUCAUUUAUUUAUUUUAUUUAAAGUUGUAAAUUGUCAACAAAUUUAUGAACCUUUUUUAGUCAGUUUUCAAAAUAAUGAAAAUUUCUAUGCCAAAACUGAUCCUUUAGAUAAUAGUGAAAAAUUUACAUUUCAAAAAACAUAUAAACAAAAAUAUCCAAUUGAUUAUGAAUCUAUAUCACAAAAAAUUUUUGAAAAAAAUAUCAUAUCAAUCAUUACAAUUGUUCUUAUUGAUUACAAUUUUUUAUAUUCAUUAAAAACAGAUGGAAAAAAUCAAUUUAUGCAAUUCUUAAAAAAAAAUGUUUUCUUUCCUUAUAACAAAUUUUAUGUCGUAUCAUAUUAUAAUAAAGAUUUGUUAAUCGAAUUUUAUAAAUAUAUGGACGUAGCCAAUGUACGUAUUGAUAUUGUUCAGAAGUCAUCAGAUAUACAAAAUUUAAUAGGAGCAUUAGAAAAAACUAUUUCAUUUGCUGAACAAGUAAAACAUAAAGAACAAAAUUAUAUGAAUAGUGAAUAUAGUAUUUUAGUAUUAACAGAUAUCAAAGGAAUGACAAAUGUAAAGGAAAAUACAAAUAUAUAUAUACAAAAUGAUGCUGAUAUAGAUAAAAUAUUUUCAAGAAUUUAUAUUAUAUCUUUUGAAAAAGGCGAUUAUUCUAACACUGAUAUUUUUUAUCAAUCAAUUCAAAAAGUAGAUCAUAUGUACAUAUAUAAUUAUAAAAAAAUAAAAAAGGAUAACCUAUACUUCCUUUCUUUCCAUAAAUAUGUUAUUGACGAACAAUUAAUGUUACACUACUCAAAAUCUAUAUUACAAGAUUAUAUUAUUUUGCACACACAAAUUUAUAAAACAUCAUGGUAUUUGCUAGGAAUAUGUAGAAAUAAUAUUCUAAAAAAUAGUAUGAUCAAUAGAAAAUUACAUAUAUAUUAUGUGGAUCAACUUAUAAAAACUGUUGCAUAUACCAUAUCAAAAGAAGAAACUAAUACUGUAUACGAUAAUUCAUCCAUAUCUUCUUUUCAAGAUAUGUGUAACAUUUUUACUCAUAUGCAAUUAUUAGGAUAUAAAUAG